AUGCAGCAACGCAGAGAUGGACGUGACAACCAUCCCCGGAACGGAGCGAUCGCUGUAGUCGGUGCUGGGCUGGCAGGUCUCAUCACCGCAUACACACUCAUUCGCGAUGGAUUCGAGGACGUGCAGGUGCUAACGCGUGAUGCCCACGUUGGAGGGAAUUGGGCGCAAGGGAAGACCUACCCUGGUUUGUAUCUCAACAGCGUACAUGGCGAAUACUGCGUUUCGGCGUUGAGCAUGCCUCCUCCCGCGUCAGACUGCGGGCGUACGUCGGGAGACGAGGUAGGCGCGUAUCUAGAGACCUUCGGGUCCAAGUUCCUCAAGGACAAGAUUCAGUACGGGGUUGAAGUCGUGCGCAUCGAGCGACCUCCUUCCGGAACAGGGUGGCGGGUCCGAGUGCACCAUCGCAAGACUGGUCUCACCGAGGUUCGCCAUUAUCGACGUGUGGUGCUAUGCACAGGGGGACAAAGCGCGCCAAGAUUCCCUCCCAACAUGAGCCCAGAGUCUGCAGCUGCAUCCGGCUUCAAGGGGAUCGUCUUCCAUAGCGCCGACUUCGGGUCCAAGUUGAGCGAUCUGCUGGCAUCUGUCCCUCCCGCCGUAUCUAGCGCCGAGCCUGAUUCCCCUACGGUACUUGUCGUUGGAGGCGGGAAAUCUGCACAAGACAUAGCCGCUUACCUUGCUAAUGAAGGUCGCAAGGUGACGAUCGUGUGCCCGAACUUCGACGCGUUCCUCGCUGCUAGUGAGCCUCUCCCAAAUUGGGUGCGAAAGAGCAGAUUGCUCUCCCUAUUUUCACCUCAUAUCUACUUGCGGACGUGGUUGGAACGAUUCGUCCAUACUACAUGGCUGGGCAAAAAGCUCUUUGACCUUUUCUGGACCGGACUCGUCAGCGCCUCCUUCAAGGCUGCUGGCAUCCCACUAGGCUCCCCCUUGCGCAACACCGUCUCUCCAUUCUGGCACGAUCGCGUGAAUGACGAAGGCGUCCCGCGUCCGAACGGGUUUCAUGCGCUCACUCUCUCCGGAAAGAUUUCCGUCGUAUCCCCAGCCUACGCUACGAGUUUCGGUACGGACGGGGAGUCGGUCUUACUUGAUAACGGAGUGUCCAUCCGUGCCAGCGCCAUUGUGCUUGCAACCGGCUAUCACUCAUCGUGGUCUGCCAUGUUCGAUGAAGAGGCCCAAGAGGAAUUGGGCCUCAAGCCGCACUUAGCUUACCAAAGCCAGCCCUAUCGCUGGGACUAUCUGACCCUAAGGGACCCUCCUCCCCUGAACCCAGUCGCUGAACGCUGGUCGUCGUCCAUCUAUAGGGGUAUAGUCCCCGCAAAGAAUAUCGAGCGCCGCGACUUCGCAGUGAAUGGAGCAAUCUUCUCGACACACUUUGGAUACAUGCUCGAAGUCGGCUCGCACUGGAUAUCUUCCUACUUCCUCGAGGACGACAUGCGUCUCCCUGCGACGUCAGAAGUCGCUCUAGAAGAGACAGAGCGACAGGCUGCAUGGCUGAGGCACCGGUACCCGCAGGUCGCACCUACAGCGAAUAGCAGCCACACCAGCAAUAUCGGCUUCUGGGGCUGGCCCCAAGUCGCAGACGAUCUGUUGGAGGACAUGGGACUCAAGGUGAUGCGCAGCGGAGGAACCUGGCUUACGUGGCCAUUCCGAGUCGUGAGUGUCAAGGAGAUCGCCGGCUUGAAGGAAGAGCGGGAUGCGCGACGUGCUCUCAAAGGGACUUCUAAAUAUGCGGGAUCUCCUUGAUGUAUGCUCCGACGAUUGUGAUUGCU